AUUUACCUGACAAUAUGAGAUGAGAAAAAGGUUCACAUCACUAAAACAAGAUUACACAAGUACACUGAACUUGUCCAGUAUGUAAUCCUUUUUUAUGUGUGUUAUGGUGUUUCUCGAGUUCAUAAGACAGUUUUUUUAAUCGAGUUUUAUUAAAUCAUAAAUUGUAUGUACGUAAAUCAAAUAUCUGUAAAUGGCGUACACCGGGCAAAAACGGGACGAGCCUAACGAAUCAUCUCCUCUCCGGACGAGCAUUUCUGGUCGAACAAAUUUUGAAACCGGAGAUGGAAUUCACCAGCAAGAACAUGAAGCAAUGUCCUACGCGACAUGGUCUGCAAAAACGUGGACCACGUGGAACAAAGCGACUCGUGGUCUUAUUCUCGUGUUGGGUGUAACAUUAAUUAUCGUCGUGAUUGUGUUAAUUUCGUCCGUAUCUACCGGAAGUGGUAGUAAUAAUGGUGAUGGUGGUGGUGGGGUUUUAAAGGCCUCUGCAGAUGAAGAUAAUACGACACAACAAGAUUUGGGCGUUGUGUUAGAAAUUCCACAAGGAAGGUUAAAAUGGAAUAUUUUGCAGAGUAGGCAAGGACGGGAUUACUAUGCGUUUUAUAAGUUGCCAUAUGCCAAGCCAGCAAUUGGCGAACUGCGAUUUGAAUCACCUCAGCCCCCCGAGAAAUGGGAAGGAGUCCGACAUGAAACUGAAGUUGCGCCACAGUGCUUGCAAAAAGCAAAAUAUUCCCCAAUCAUUGAAGCCGUCGGGGAAGAAGAUUGUCUUUAUGCAAAUAUUUACACGCCAAAGCUCCCCGGAAUUGACAUGCCGUCAGACGCAGGGUUGAUGCCUACUUUAUUUUACAUUCAUGGCGGAGGAUAUACUGAUGGGAAUGGGAGCAGAUACGGAGGCAAGUAUUUCAUGGAUGAAGACGCUGUAAUGGUCACUUUCCAAUAUCGGCUCGGAAUUUUUGGAUUUCUUAGUUCCGAAGAUGGAACAAUUCGAGGAAAUAUGGGAAUGAGAGAUCACAUUCAAGCACUUAAAUGGGUUAAAGAAAACAUAAAAUAUUUUGGAGGUGACCCUGACCGCGUCAUGAUUUAUGGAAAUUCUGCAGGAGCAAUGUCUGUAAAUCAGUUAAUGGUUUCUCCCCUGGCUGCAGGCUUAUUUCACCGCGCAAUAACCCAAAGUGGUCCCGCAUUCGGAGCCAUCGUAAAACCUAAAGAAGCUCAAAAACGGUCAUUUGAACUAUUAGCCGAAGAGAUUGGAUGUUCGGCAAGAGUUGGGAACGAGCAGCGCAAAAACCGACGAAUUCUAAAAUGUCUUCGUGAACAGAAUGCCAGUGAUAUUGCUGUCCUUCGUGGCGAAGAGAUCAUUUUUUUCCCCACAGUAGAAGACUAUGAGGCCGAAGCUGAACAAGAAUCCGAUAAGUUCUUACCUGAUACGAUGUACAAUUUGUAUAAAACCGGAAACGUGAACAAAGUUCCGUGGAUUAUUGGUGUAAACAGUGCGGAAUGGAUUUCCAUUGCUUCAAGUACGCUGAAAGACCUUGAACUGGUUGAUAAUCUGAACAGUAACUGGACCGGGUAUGCCCCCACACUGUUUGGAUCUGAGUAUUAUACUUCUCCAAUAAAAGACACCAUCUCAACAAAAUCAAAAGAAUUUUAUUUCGGAGAAAAGCAAGUUUCAAAUGACACUUUGUGGAAUCUCGAGCAUCUUUUGUCAGAUAGAGAUAUAAUUUAUGGCUCAAAGACGCAAGGUUUUCUAAUGAGUGACCUUGGAGUUGAUGUGUUCUUCUAUUAUAUGAGCAAACGACCAGUAAAGAGUUAUUCGGAUAAGGCACUAGUGGGCUUCCCCCCAAUGGACUAUGGAGCAUCACAUGCAGACGAGCUCCAGUACUUGUUUGACUAUUACGGCUACCCAGAAUACCUUGAGGGAUCGAAAUAUUACGAAUUUUCGAAAGAACUCGUCAGAAUUUGGGUGCAGUUUGCAGCAACAGCAAAACCUGGCUGGGAAUCCAUAAAGACGAAGGAGAAGCCAAUUUACUGGUAUGAAUUGAAUGAUAACCACAUGGGUUCCACCACCGUGCUGCAAGAACGUAUGGAAUUUUGGGACCAGUUUAGUCACGAAGAGUUGUGUUAUGUUUAGGAACAUUUUAAUAAAGAACGUAUCAGUAUUUUAUAACAAUGCAAAACAGUCAUUAUUACUUUGAAUUAUUAAAAGGUUUUAUUUUUGGACGCAAUAAAUAUACCAGGGUUUUAUUAAA